CCUCCUUGACGUUCCGCCCGCCCACUUGCGCGGCACGCACGCACGCAUACGCCUCGGUUUCUGCCUCGCGCUGCCGUGGGGGUGGCGGCGGGCUGUGAUAAAGCUUGGGAGUUGCGUUGCUAAGCAACCCGAUCCGGACCGUGGCGAGAGGAGCAGAACUACAAGAUAUUACAAAAUAUGCUGUCAAUUGUCCCUGUCAAUGGAGCAUCAUUAUUCUGUUUUGAAGACAAGUAGUUCAUCAAUGACUUCAGUUCACAAUUCUAAAAACAAUUACAAGGGCAGUUCCUCCAAACAAGAUACUUUAGCUGUUACUGCAGUUGCUUUACAAGAUCAUAUUUUACAUAACCUUCAGCUCCAGGAUCUUUCAUUAGCAGAUCCUUUUAAGUCAAAGUUAAGGAAUAAAAAGAACAUUUACAAACCUGUGAACAAAGAGAUGGUCAGAGCAGUAGUAGAUACUGGACUAAGAAAAAAGAGAAUUCUCCACACAAAAAAGGAAGAUCCAGAAAAAGAAUAUGUCCUUGAUCCUAAUCCUCCACAAUUAACGUUAGCUCAGAAAUUGGGCUUAGUUGAGCCUCCUUCCUUGCCACUAACAGCAGAAGAGUGGGAUAAAGUAAAGCAAAGAUCUAUAAAACAGGGAGAUUCUGUGCAACCUUGUGCAAUAUGUAGGGAAGAAUUUGCACUUCAACCACAGGUGCUGCUUUCAUGUUCCCAUGUAUUUCACAGAGCAUGCCUGAAAGCUUUUGAAAAGUUUGCAGGUAAAAAGACCUGUCCUUUGUGUAGAAAGAAGCAGUAUCAGACCAGAGUAAUACAUGAUGGGGCGCGUCUGUUUAAAAUAAAGUGUAUUACGAGAAUCCAAGCUUGCUGGAGAGGGUAUAUUGUUAGAAAAUGGUAUAAAAAUUUGAGAAAAACAGUACCUCCGCAAGAUAGCAAAUUAAGAAAAAAAUUCUUUGAAGCAAAGUCCCUGAUUCCACUUCCUGAGUGAUGGCUUGGGCUGGAGUCAUUCUGCAGAAAAUCCAUUGGAAACCUCAAAGCAGGUAGCAUCCAUGCAGGGGAACUUGCUGGAUCAGUCAUAAGCAAACAAAAUUUCUCCUCCGAUUCUUCUAUGGCUUUGGCUCAGGGAGGCCUGAUGAGAGGACCCAACAUCCUUUGGCUGAGUAGGGCAGGGAGAACACAAGCAUGAUUUUGAGGAGCGAAUGGGAGACCUCUUACAGCUGAGUCUACCAGAGGGAAAGAGGAACAAACAGCACAGCCAUCGUCAGACAAGCUCAUGUACUGCUUCUCACUUGGAGUUACAUGGGCUAUAUGGAAAAAACUUUUGACCCACUGAGCAGCACCCUGCUGGGAUUUCUGGAAGAAGCUGGCUCCUCCCUCUGCCUCUAGUUCACAGCAGCAGUAUGUGCUCUCUUUACUGUCUGCUCUUCCCAGCAGCAGCAUGCCUUUCUCACAUGCUCCAGUCAUAGUGUGGGCUAAGGAAAGAUAGGAGUAGAAACUGACACCGAGAUUAUACAUUAUAAGGUGCCAUAUUCUGUGUCACUUUGCUCAUGUGCUCAUCACAGAAAUGGAGGAUGAAGCAAAGGUGGCUUUAAACCAGUGGUGCUCAAUUAGAUCUACCUGUGGGCCGAUUUGAGAGUUGUAUAACAAGAGGCAGGUCAUUUGCGCAGAAGGCUGUCAAAAAAACCCAAACAAAAAAAAACUUCAGCUGCCAAAAAAUAAAUCCUUGAUUACAACAUAAGUAUUAGUGUUUCUAGCUUUUAACAGAGUUUAUGAAACAACAUUAUUACCUGUGUUUGUGGUAAUCUCUAAUGGGAGAGGUGACAUCAAUGAUCUCUGGCAAGCUCUGUGAAGAGCAGUUUGUAGGAGGUCAGGGAAAGGCAUAUGCACAGGGGAAGAUGCUCAUAUGUGAGGCGAUCACCGUGUUGGUUUUUUAGAACGUUCAUGGUAGAAAACCCAGAUUCACAGACGUAUGUUGAUCCGAACAUCGUUAAAAGAUAGAUAGCUUGAUUCUGGCUAUUCUGAAACUGGUCAGCAUAUUUAGUCCAAAAAUCACAAAGUCCCACUUCUCUGAAUUUUGCCUUCAAGUUGUCUGACCUGGAGCUUGAAAGGCACCUUCAUCAAUUGAAUCAAGAACGUUCUUUGCUUCAGAAGGGCAAGGUCCAUCGGCAGAGGCAACAAAUGGAUCAACAACAAAUAAAACAAACCCUUUAGAAUUUUAAAAUUCUCAAAUUGCAUUUUAAAAUUUUUGAUCAGAUUUUUUUAGAAAUUCUUGCAUCAUUUUCAUUGAAGUUUCAUCUAUGUGGGUAAAUGCAACAUCUUUCCUGUUAAGUCUGUCCAAAAGAUUACAAAAUUCCUCUGAAAGGCACACACUUUUUCAAACAGAUUCUCAACACUGCUUGCAUGGUCUUGGAGCUGCAAGUUGAGGAAAUUCAAGUGACUAGUAAUUUUGCACAGAAAAGCUACCUGUGACAUAGAGGGGACAUCAUUCAUAAAUUCCACGAACUCGCAAGCUUUGUUGGUCUUGUAGUUUGAAAGAAAGUCUAUUAUUUCUUUUUGAAGGGCACAAAACUUCUCUAACACCUGCCUCCGACUUAACCAGCGAAUGUCGUCGUGCUGCAACUGGUCACUGUAUUCGGCUGGAAUAUCUUGUAAAAGAGCUUUAAAAAGACGAUGUUGCAAGCUAGAAGUUGAGUGUGUGUAGUUCACUAAUCUAAUCACAGUACCCAUUGUUUUUUUUUUUCAAGUCCCCGGACAACUUACUACACAGGACAAUCUCAUGAAUGAUGCAGUGAAGUGUAUCAUUACCAAAUGUGAAGCAAAGCCCUUCUCUUUCCGUGUCAUGGGGGGAUCUCCGUCUGUAACAAGCAAGUUUACUUUCUACAGAUUUAAACCAUUUUUUUCAAAAAAGCUUUUUAUCUUUUCAAAAACGAUUUCUCCUUUGGUGUAGGUUUCUAAUGGUAUUAAGCACAAAAAUUCUUCCUUGAAAAUUUCACUUUAAUAAAAUCUAACAAACAGCGAUAGCUGGGCAGCGUCACUUAAAUUGCUUGAUUUGUCCACUGCAAGAGAGAUGUAUUUGGUGUUUUUUAAAUUGGAAAGCAGUACUAACAAACAGUCCUCGUAAAUUACCUCCAGUCUUCCCACUGCCCUGGAAUCAGACAGUGAAACUUGCUUCACACAGUUCACAAUGUCAUCUUUAUUUUUAUCUCCGGCAGAAAGCUCCUCCAGCAUUUCCAUCAUGCACUCCUUCACAAGCUCGGCAUGCAGAGAAGGCUUUUUCUUUUUCGUUAGUACCAACAUUAUCCAAAGAGAAGCAGCUGUUGUUUUUUCCUGUACAGUCGCUGGUGUUGUGAGAAUGACAUUUGAAGUGUGAUAUGAAGACUUCAGAUUUUCAAUUUUGUCACAUCUUGCAACACUGCCAGGGAGAUAGGCUGAAUUGAAUUUACUGUGCUUUGAUUUAAAGUGGCAGGCACUUCAUGUUGAUGACCUUACAGAUGGAUACAGUGGUGUGGCACAUUAGACACAAAGGUUUUGUGUUUAAAUGAGGUGGCAUAAUAAAAAGAAAAUCUGCUGUCCAGUUUGGGUUAAAAGCUCAAUUUUCGCUGUUGACCUGGUCACAUGCACUUUUGGCUCUAUUUCCAUCACUGAUGAAAAAAUGGGCAUUGUCCUAGCUCAACUGCAGCUGAUGCGAUUGCGAGAACUUAAGAUCCAGUAAGAAGGCUAACGGCAUUUUGGGCUGUAUAAGUAGGUGCAUUGCCAG